GUCGCGAGGGGAAAGGGGGCGGUGCGGUAAGAUGGCGGCACACCUGUCCUACGGGCGAGUGAACCUGAAUGUGCUGCGUGAGGCAGUGCGCCGCGAGUUGCGCGAGUUCCUGGACAAGUGCGCGGGAAGCAAGGCAAUAGUUUGGGAUGAAUAUCUGACUGGACCUUUUGGCCUGAUCGCACAGUAUUCCCUGCUGAAGGAACAUGAAGUGGAAAAAAUGUUCACCCUCAAGGGAAGCCGCUUGCCGGCGGCUGAUGUGAAGAACAUUAUUUUCUUUGUCAGACCACGGCUCGAGCUGAUGGACAUAAUCGCCGACAAUGUGCUCAGUGAGGACCGGCGUGGCCCCGCCAGAGACUUCCACAUCCUGUUUGUGCCCCGCCGUAGCCUGCUGUGCGAGCAGCGGCUGAAGGACCUGGGCGUUCUAGGCUCCUUCAUCCACCGGGAGGAGUACAGCCUGGAUCUCAUCCCGUUUGACGGGGACCUGCUGUCCAUGGAGUCGGAGGGGGCCUUCAGAGAGUGCUACCUGGACGGCGACCAGACAAGCCUGUACCACGCGGCCAAGGGGCUGAUGACGCUGCAGGCCCUGUAUGGAACCAUCCCCCAGAUCUUCGGGAAAGGCGAAUGCGCCCGGCAAGUGGCCAACAUGAUGAUUCGAAUGAAGAGAGAAUUCACAGGAAGCCAGAGUUCAGUGUUUCCUGUGUUUGAUAGCCUCCUGCUGCUGGAUCGCAGUGUGGACUUGCUGACGCCUCUUGCCACUCAGCUGACGUACGAAGGCCUCAUCGAUGAGCUCUACGGCAUUCAGAACAGUUAUGUGAAGUUGCCCCCUGAGAAAUUUGCUCCCAAGAAACAGGGCGACGGGAAGGAGCUGCCCGCCGAAGCGAAGAAGCUGCAGCUGAACUCGGCUGAGGAGCUCUACGCGGAGAUCCGAGACAAGAACUUCAACGCCGUGGGCUCCGUGCUCAGCAAGAGGGCCAAGAUCAUCUCCGCGGCAUUCGAGGAGCGACACAACGCCAAGACCGUGGGCGAAAUCAAGCAGUUUGUUUCCCAGCUGCCACACAUGCAGGCAGCCAGGGGCUCCCUGGCCAACCACACGUCCAUUGCCGAGCUGAUCAAGGACAUCACCACUUCUGAAGAUUUCUUUGAUAAAUUAACGGUGGAACAGGAGUUUAUGUCUGGAAUCGACACCGAUAAGGUGAACAGUUACAUUGAGGACUGUAUUGCCCAGAAGCACCCGCUGAUCAAGGUGUUAAGGCUGAUUUGCCUCCAGUCCGUGUGCAACAGUGGGCUCAAACAGAAAGUUCUGGAUUAUUACAAACGAGAAAUUCUCCAGACCUACGGCUACGAGCACAUGCUGACCCUGCACAACCUGGAGAAGGCCGGCUUGCUGAAACCGCAGACCGGGGGCCGGAACAACUACCCGACCAUCCGGAAAACUCUGCGCCUCUGGAUGGAUGACGUCAACGAGCAGAACCCCACGGAUAUAUCCUACGUGUACAGCGGCUACGCGCCCCUCAGCGUGCGGCUGGCCCAGCUGCUCUCGCGGCCCGGCUGGCGCAGCAUUGAGGAGGUCCUCCGCAUGCUCCCGGGACCCCACUUUGAGGAACGGCAGCCCCUGCCCACAGGACUGCAGAAGAAGCGUCAACCUGGAGAGAACCGAGUGACACUGGUCUUUUUCCUCGGGGGCGUGACCUUCGCUGAGAUCGCGGCCCUGCGGUUCCUCUCGCAGCUGGAGGACGGGGGCACUGAGUAUGUCAUCGCCACCACGAAGCUUGUGAAUGGCAGCAGCUGGCUCGAGGCCCUCAUGGAGAGCCCUUUGUAGGCCGUCGGAGGCG